CUGAACAUGAAGGUAGGUAAGAUGACCAUGUGGUUGAAGAACUUGGUAUAUCCAUGUAAAUUACUAUUGUUUUAUUUGAGAUGUCAUGUUAGGAUUUGGUAUUCAAUAUUAUUUAUUAGAAAAAUCUAAAAAUUUGCUUUUUUUUGUCAACGAUUCACAAGCUAAUGUUACCAGCCGGUUGGUUCGUACCUUUUAUCUUUGUUCCCGCCUUGUUAAAAUAGGUUAGAAAUGUUUCCCUAGUGGUGUAGUUGACAACUAAUGUUAUUUAGACAGUGGUAAUGUAUACCAAAGAGUUUUUUUUUAAGUGAUUUUACUGCGUGUCCACGACGACCGUAUAGAGGGCCGGAUGUGUGACCAAACGUGUCUCACGCGCUCCUCGUGUAACCAGCGAGUCAAUGCAGCACGUGGCUGAUCAUUUCUUCGCAUUUUAAUUCUAAUGCCUACGAUUUCCACACACGAAAUUUUCUUUUCUAUUAAAUCUCUUUUCUGGCGAUAUAAUCGGAAUAGACUUAGGAUAAUUAUUACGUAUGUUUAUGCCAUAUAUCUGGUAGCCCCAGACACUGUAUGGUGGAUGGUCACCCAUGUGCAAUUAUGUAGUCUUUUUUGUGUGAAAUUUUACUCCAAGCAUAGUAGGACACGAUGAAUGAGAUAACGACAGUAGUUUUAAUUCUAACAAUCUUAUUUCAGACCUAGAGAUAAUGGCCCUGAGGGGAUGGAGCCAGAUUGUGUCUUUGAGGUUGGUACCAACAAGCACCAUAGUUUUGAUGAUAUGAACUUACGAGUGGCUCUUCUGAGAGGAAUCUUUGCUUAUGGUUUUGAGAAACCUUCAGUCAUUCAGCAGAGGGCAAUUCUCCCCUGUAUUAAGGGGUAUGGUGUCAUUGCACAGGCUCAGUCUGGCACAGGAAAGACUGCCACAUUUCCCAUCUCCUUUCUGCAAAAGAUCCUUCUGCACAGGCUAUGGUGCUGGCCCCAACAGAUUCAGAAAGUAGUCCUGGCUCUCGGAGACUACAUGGGUGCUACCUGCCAUGCCUGCAUUGGUGGAACCAACGUCCAUAAUGACGUUCAGUAUCCCUUAAAUAUAUUAAGCAAUUUGCACUGGAAGAAGCAGACGAAAUGUAAAGCCGUGCUUUCAAGGACCAAAUCUGAUCUUUUUCAGAAAUUGACCGCAGACACUCAGGUGAUUCUUUUGCCUGCUACAAUGCCUCAAGAAGUGCUGGAGGUGACCACAAAGUUCAUGAGCGAUCCAAUUCGCAUUCUGGCCACGAAAGAAGAGCUGACCCUUGAGGGAGUGGAAGCUGGACACUGUGUGAUCUCUAUGAAACACUGACCAUCACUCAGGCUGUGAUCUUCAUCAACACUCGCCGGAAAGAGUUUCUGCACUGCAUGGUGACAUGGAGCAAAAAGCGAGAGAUGUCAUCAUGAAAGAGUUUCGUUCUGGUUCCAGCGGAGUCCUCCUCAA